AUGGCCAGACUCACGACAUCCGUGCAAACGCCAAAUAGUGGGAGGGAGGUGUGGUGUGUAGCUGCCUCCUUGGCCCAUCGCAGGUCCAUGUUCGUUGGAGUCCUCCCAUCGACCGACUUUGACGUGUCCUAUUACUGGAUAUCGUUACUAGAUCCGCCACGGGCUAGGAUGCUCUACGAAUAUGCAGGUUGGCAUGAAGAGGACGAGCAUCAACGGCCCCAACGCCAACGCCAACCACGAAGCCAGCAAGCCUUGGUCUCCAGCUUCCAGCUCCCCCCGGCCGCCGCCGCCGGCCCUCAGCUCCAUAGUAUAUCCGGUCAUGGAGGUAACAGGGCCCCGUUGGGAGAGGAGAGGGAGAGGAGAGGGAGCAAGAUGCAUGGAGAUCCGGGUGAGGCGAGGAGGAGACCUGGAAGCCGGCCCAAGAUGCAUGCACCGCGCACCGAGGCUACCUUAACCUGA